AUGGCGAAAGCGACGGCGCGGGGCCGUAGCCCUCAACCUCCCCUCGUCGCAGAGAAGCAGCCCUUGGUGGCGCCAGUCGCAUCCAGCAAGCCCAGCGAGAAUACCUCGUACAAGUCUGACGGCGUCGUCGACAACGAUGUCUUCCUGCUCCCUGGGCCUGACUAUGUCGCGGCUCUCGGAGUGACUGUCCUGGCCACCAUUGUGCGCCUGUUCAAGAUCUACCUGCCCACCAGUGUUGUAUUUGAUGAAGUCCACUUUGGUGGUUUCGCUUCCAAAUACAUCAAGGGCAAGUUCUUCAUGGACGUGCACCCUCCCUUGGCCAAGAUGCUCAUUGCCCUCACUGGAUGGCUUGCGGGCUUCGACGGCAACUUCGAUUUCAAGGAUAUUGGCAAAGAUUAUCUGGAGCCUGGCGUUCCCUAUGUCGCCAUGCGUCUGUUCCCUGCGAUUUGCGGCAUCUUCCUGGCUCCCUUCAUGUUCUUGACCUUGAAGGCUGUUGGCUGCCGAACGACAACCGCCGUUCUUGGCGCUGGCCUCAUCAUUUUUGAAAACGGUCUUCUUACUCAGGCUCGUCUUAUUCUUCUGGAUUCCCCCCUGGUUGCUGCUACGGCUUUCACUGCCAUGUCCUUCACCUGCUUUACCAAUCAGCAUGAGCAGGGACCGGAAAAAGCAUUUCAAUUGAGCUGGUGGUUCUGGCUUGCCAUGACUGGUCUUGGUCUCGGCAUUACCUCCAGCAUCAAAUGGGUUGGCCUAUUCACCAUUGCCUGGGUGGGAUCCCUGACUCUUCUCCAGCUGUGGGUCCUCCUUGGCGACAGCAAGAACGUCUCUGUUCGUCUUUGGUUCAAGCACUUCAUGGCCAGAGUCUUCUGUCUCAUCAUCAUUCCCGUUACCUUCUAUCUCUCCAUGUUCGCCAUUCACUUCCUUUGCCUGACCAACCCCGGCGAGGGUGAUGGAUUCAUGAGCUCCGAGUUCCAGGCUACACUGAACAGCAAGGGCAUGAAGGAUGUUGCUGCUGAUGUCGUCAUGGGAAGCCGUGUCACCAUCCGCCAUGUUAACACUCAGGGUGGCUAUCUCCACUCUCACCCCCUCAUGUACCCUACCGGCAGCUUGCAGCAGCAGAUCACCCUGUAUCCCCACAAGGACGAUAAUAACAUUUGGAUCAUGGAGAACCAGACUCAACCCCUCGGCAUUGACGGCCAGCCAAUUAACGGAACUCUAGCAUGGGACGCUCUGCCUCAGGUGCACCACAUUGUUGAUGGCACCGUCCUCCGUCUCUACCACCAGCCUACAUUCCGACGUCUUCACUCACACGACGUGCGACCCCCGGUCACCGAAGCCGAUUGGCAAAACGAGGUGUCUGCAUACGGCUACGAGGGCUUUGAAGGUGAUGCCAACGACCUCUUCCGCGUUGAGAUUGUCAAGAAGCAGUCCAAGGGAGCCCUGGCCAAGGAACGCCUCCGAACCAUCGAGACCAAGUUCCGAUUGGUCCACGUCAUGACUGGCUGUGCUUUGUUCUCUCACAAGGUUAAGCUGCCCGAGUGGGCUUCCGAGCAGCAAGAGGUUACUUGCGCUCGCGGAGGCAGCGUGCCCAACAGCGUCUGGUACGUCGAGCACAACGAGCACCCUCUCCUCGGCGACGACGUCGAGAAGGUCAACUACGCCAACCCUGGCUUCUUUGGUAAAUUCUGGGAGCUCCACAAGGUCAUGUGGAGGACAAACGCUGGCCUGACCGACUCCCAUGCCUGGGACUCCAGGCCCCCCUCAUGGCCCAUUCUCCGCCGCGGCAUCAACUUCUGGGGCAAGCACCACAUGCAAGUCUACCUCCUUGGCAACCCUAUCAUCUGGUGGUCUAGCACGGCCGUCGUUGCUAUUUGGGCUAUCUUCAAGGGUGUUGCUAUUCUCCGAUGGCAGCGCGGAUGCAAUGACUACGCUAGCAGCACAUUCAAGCGCUUCGAUUAUGAGAUUGGCACCUCCGUCUUGGGCUGGGCCCUGCACUACUUCCCCUUUUACCUGAUGGAGCGCCAGCUUUUCCUGCACCACUAUUUCCCGGCACUCUACUUCGCCAUCAUUGCCCUUUGCCAGAUGUUCGACUUUGCGACGGCAAGAAUCCCCGCCGCGCUUGGCUACCGUGGUACUCUCAUUAACCGCGUCGCCACUGUGUCUUUCCUUGUCCUUACCGCAGUUGUAUUCACCCUGUAUGCCCCGUUGGCCUAUGGCACGCCUUGGACCAAGGCAGAGUGCAUGCGUGUCAAGCUCUUUGACAAGUGGGACUUUGACUGCAACACCUUCCUCGACGAUUACCAGAGCUAUACCCUGACAUCGCUUCCCCCGUCAAGCGCUGCUCCUUCACUGCCUGUUGCCGAUAUUGAGAACCAGAAGCCCCUGGCGCCGCCGGAGCCUGUUAUUUCUGAGGCAGCCGUUCCCCUGGAGCCAAAGAUCCUUUCCAAAGAGGAGAAGAUUGAGUACCGGGACCAGGACGGAAACCUGCUGAAUGACGAGCAGGUCAAGGCCCUCGAAGGCAAGGUUGAAUUCCAGACCAAGUAUGAGACCAAGACCCGCGUCGUUGACGAGCAGGGACGCGAGGUUCCCAUGCCCGAAGGCGGUUGGCCCGAUGACAUGGUUGGUGGCGUUGCUCCACCCCACCCCGAUGUUGAAGGUGUCGACAAGGAAACCUUCCAGGUUGAGAGCGCUGAGGUUCCGAAGGAGGCUACUGCCAGUCACGAUGGCGAAAAGGAAGCCGAGAACCUCAAGGCUAAGCCCGCCAGCGAGGGACAGGAGGCCACCAUUCAGGAGGAACUGUAA